AAAGUAUUGGGUGAAAAAGUUAUAAGACUUGGUGUUAAAGAGAAUCAAAGCAGUGAAUUAAUUCUAGAAGAAAAUACAAGUAAUAAAUUAAUUCUAGAUGAAUUAAUUAUAGAAAAUGAUAAGAAUGAUCAAGAGCUUGAUUAUUAUAAUGAGAAAGAGAAAAAUUUGUAUAUUCAUAUCCCAUUGUAA